UACCAGCUGGCACGAACGUUGAUAAUCCUGAUCAGAAAAUCGGUAACAUUAACAACAACACCAAACAAGAAAAUGCCGCGAGUUCAGAUACAUCAAACAUAACGAACAGGCGUGGGAAUAGUGACGUAACGGGCCAAGCAAGGGAGGAAACGGGGAUAGAAAAUUGCUCUGCAGUGACAUUUCAUGAGGAAAAGAUGAUUUUUACCUAUACUCCACCUACUUCAAAAGAAAUCAUAAAGCACUACGAAAUUCAAAGUCGCAUGGAGUUAGUGCUCAUGUGCAUUUCUAUGGUAGCGGUGGUUCUUGCACUCGUACUUCUUACAUAUCUGAGGAUAAGGACCACUGAGAAAAUUUUCAUCCACAAAAAUCUCCUCCUUUCACUUGGGCUUGGAAAUCUUGUUUUUGUUCUGGACAAAACUCUAUUUGUUACACGAAACGAACACUCGGCUCUAUGUUCGACAGUGGCGGUCGUUCAGUUUUUUUUACACAUUGCGCUGUUCACGUGGAUGCUUGUUGAAGGGAUGAAUCUUUACAGCAAGCUUAUCGUGGUUUUCAAUACUCCCAGACGAUAUGUCACCUACUUGGCAAUAGGAUGGGGAAUCCCAGCAGUCCUUGUGGGAUUGAUAGCGGCUGUCAGACCCAGUACCUUUGACAUGGGUAGUGCUCUGUAUGUGGACAUACAGUGUGGCUCACUAAGCCUUCAAGCUGAGAUCGAACGAACAAGGUGUUGGCUAAACGGAAGUCUCUGGAUAUACAAAGGACCAGUCUUGGCCAUACUUGUGAUAAACUUGAUAAUGUUUGUGAUUCUUGUGCGUGUGAUUUUUGGGAAAAUUUCCGCAAGAUUUGGCAAGGACCGUCUCAAUGUCGCAAAGCGAAGUGCGAAAAGCAUUUUUGUUCUUCUUCCGUUACUCGGUGUGACGUGGAUACUGGGAUUUUUUGUGGAGUUCCACUAUGUUCUUGGAUACGUGUUUCUAUGUCUCAACUCCACACAGGGUAUCAUGUUUUUCAUCUUUCACUGUGUGUGCGAUGACCAGGUCCAACAGGCCAUAAAAAAGUUAUAUACCAAGCCUGAAGGUUCAGCAACGUCAGAGAAACCGCAACAAGUCACCAAGGAGACUGGGAGCAAUACUCGUUCGGCAUUAGGAUUGCUUUAGAUGCAAGGAGACAUAAGGACAAUCACAUCACAGGGAGCCUGAGUUUGAAGCUGAAUUAAAGCCCUGUCAGUAAUAUAGCUUAAACAUGUAAAGCAUAAUGUAGUGGGUUAACAUCAAAAUAGCAAACGCUUAGCUGGCGCCGAGAUUAUAUAGGAGAAAACCAAAGCUGUAUAUUUAAGAAUGUAGCAAAUAGAAAUCCCAUUUUGUUCUUUUACGUAAAGUAAGAUCGACAUAUACUUCAUAUAAAUACAAUUUGAUUUCAGUCUCUCCUAGAAUUAAUUCAUAUGUAGCAUCUUUUUAUAUAUCUCUGUGGAACGUAGUUUACAUUCCAUCAUUCUGAUUUUCUCAAAGCCUCAAACAUACAGGAAGGGUGAUAUAAGCGGUUUAAUAAAUGAGGACAAGACUAACAAGAUUGUUUUAAUGCAAAAUUCUCCAAAUAAGAAUCUAUAUAUUUAUCGUAGUAAUUGAACUUUUGUUAGAUUGAGAAGGAAACAGCAUGAUAAAAAAGUUCCUGCAACUUUAAAUAAAAAAUUUCUAAUAUUAAAAUAACAAUUUGACAUGCGGAUGAAACUGGAGUAAAGAAAGAAGUGAUCCUAUCAGGUGGGUUGCAAUUUCAGCGAUUGCAAAAAAAGAAGCCCGAAAAAUGGAGGCUUUGACGGACAUUUGCCUAGCUCCCGACAUGUGGCAUCGUAGCUCUCGCGGUUAUAGAGGAAUGUUAUGCAAGUUAAUAAAGUUACAUGUAUAAAUAAACCUUAGUUUCUAUAAAGUAUCUGUUUGACGGACACUACGUAAUUUUUGAUGAUUCACGAUAUGUUGGACUGGUUUCACCCCGACAAGCUUCGCUACUAAACAUUAACUGCCCAGAUGUCGUCUAGAACGCUAAACUUCCUGAUCUUUUUCAAAGUUAACAAAUAAAAUGUG